AUGGUUUCGAAAACCACGCGAGCUGCUACUGCAGCCGCGGAAAGUGCCUCUUACAACUCAGCAGCAGGUACAUCCGUUGCGUCUGCAGCAGGUACCACGAGUCGUAAUCAAGAUGAUUAUGAGAUAGAGCUCAUCUAUUCUGGCGAGUCGGACGAUGUAUCCAACUCGGAGGCGACAACUCACGCUUCCGGAUCACCCGGGGCGGACUCUGCAAGAGCCAGGUUGACUGGCUCUGGUGAACGUGGCGGUAUCAUGACCGAGAUCUUCGGAUCGAGUGAUUAUUCCGACGAAUCCUCGCCUCACGUAAGUCCAUCCAACGAUAUGACGCGUGAGGAUGGUAGUGAUGCACCUAUACAUCACCAAGAGCGAAGUAAUUCGACAGAUCGGGGUAACACCGGUGUCAGUGCUCAUGCUGGCACCAAUCGAGAGGCCAGGUACCGAAAUGUCCUGCGGCACGCUCCUCAAGUGGAGUCUCCAUGGAUGCCGUCAUCCAGAGAGUUGGACCGGUUGGCCGGCAUGACUACCGAUUGA